UAGGGCUUUCUGUUAUUUGUUGAACUCCAGAACGUCAUCGUCGUCUUGUUACCUGUAAGUUUCUGUUCGAGAAAACAAAGGAAAAGGAGAGGAAAAAGCAUGGGAGGAAUGGAUCACGGCCACGGCGAAGAUUUCAGGACGAAGGUGUGGAGCAUGACUGGAGGCCCAAAUUGCAGGCCCAAACACUGGAAGCGCAACACUGCCAUUGCCAUGUUCGGCGUCUUUCUCAUUUGCAUCCCAAUCGCUAUGAAAUCUGCCGAGCUCGAGCAACGGCCUCAUCAUCCGGUUCGGCCAAUUCCUUCACAGCUCUGGUGCAAGAAUUUUGGAAAUAAGGAAUACUGAUUUCUCUGCUGCUGUGUGAUAAAAUAUGGUUUGCUGUCAGGCCAAGAACCAUCUUCUUCUCCGCCUGUGAAAAUGUGUGGGUUUCAUGGAUACAUUUUACUUGUAAUAAUAGAUGGUUUCUAGAACAGCACACCCAUAGGUGAUCAUCAUAUCAAAUUGAAGUUGUUCUGUUGGAGAUGAGGGAGUUGCCCUGUAAGUCCUAAAGCUUUUGGGUCAGUUGGUGUUCCAAUUUUUUUUUUUUCCUCUCUCUACAACUUGAAUUUCAAAUAAUGUUGGGAAAACUUUAGCCUUUCCUUGUAUUAUUUUGAACAUUUUAAAUGGAGACUUAAAUAUUCAAUGAUCCUAGGUUGUGGCUGCA